GUAUGUAAUACGAGAGUUGUAGUUUAUCUGUUUGAUCCUUUUCCAGUCUAAAACUUGACGCCUCAACUUCGGGUCUGUUAAUUAUCACAUGAUUCCGAUGAUUCAUGUUCGUAUGCUUGUGAUUGUAUGCAUUGCGUGUGAAUGAUCGCUGAAGCUGUUGCAGGUGAAGGUAAAUCACCAAAGCCGGUUAUGUCACCUUACGAUGAAGCAAUGAAGGCUCUAUUUUCUCUGAUAACAAAACGUAGUCGUGCCGAUAAGAGCAACAGCGGCGACAGAUUUGAUAUACUAUUUGAUUACAUCAAGGUACUUGAACUGGAGGAACCAUUAAAGCAGAUGAAGGUUAUCCAUGUUGCUGGUACCAAGGGAAAGGGUUCAACUUGCACUUUCACAGAGUCUAUAUUGCGUAGUUGUGGUUACCACACCGGGCUUUUCACAUCUCCGCAUCUCAUUGAUGUUCGAGAAAGAUUUCAAUUAGACGGGCAAGACAUUUGUGAAGAAAAGUUUUUGGCAUAUUUCUGGUGGUGCUAUGAUAGACUUAAGGCAUGAUAAGUCCUCAGAUGAGCUGCCGAUGCCUACAUAUUUUCGCUUCCUCGCAUUGCUUGCCUUCAAGAUUUUUUCCGUAGAGCAGGUGGAUGUUGCUAUAUUGGAAGUUGGCUUAGGUGGAAAGUAUGAUGCAACUAAUGUGGUUGAGAAGCCAGUUGUUUGUGGUAUAUCUUCACUUGGGUAUGACCAUAUGGAAAUUCUAGGAAAUACUCUUGGGCAAAUUGCUGGAGAAAAAGCUGGAAUCUUCAAGCUUGGAGUUCCUGCUUUUACUGUGUCCCAACCUGAUGAAGCUAUGUGUGUGCUGAAAGAAAAGGCUUCUGAAUUAGAUGUAAUUCUUGAAGUGGCAGCCCCAUUGGAUUCCAGUUUACAGAGCAGCGUUCAUCUUGGUCUUAAGGGUGAACACCAAUAUACAAAUGCUGGUCUAGCUGUGGCACUAAGCGCUACUUGGCUUCAGAGAAGUGGCCAUGCUGAAGUUCAUUACGUAAAAGGGACAGCAUCUCUGCCUGAGCAAUUUCAGAAAGGCUUGGCAAAUGCUACGUUACAAGGAAGGGCUCAAAUUGAACCUGAUAAGUUUACAGAAAGUGAAUGUGAAGGAGAUCUUGUUUUCUACUUGGAUGGUGCUCAUAGUCCUGAAAGCAUGGAUGUCUGUGGUAAAUGGUUUUCUCUUGCCAUUAAGGAUGAGCAGAGGCAACACAGUUCUUGUGAAACUGAGGCACAUGAGACCAGACCUUCACAUGAACCAGCAGAGAUGGACCAUUUCCAGAAGUCAAAGAAAAAUUCUACACAGAUUCUGCUGUUUAAUUGCAUGUCAGUGAGGGAUCCUCAGCUGCUCCUUCCCCGUCUGAGGAGUGCUUGUGCAAUGCAUGGAGUUUACUUUAAGAAGGCAUUGUUUGUUCCAAACGAGCCAUCAUUCACUUACAAUGUCGGCACCAGUUCCUUGGACCCUGCUGAUAAUCAGAUUGAUAUUUCUUGGCAGUUAACUCUUCAAAAAUUCUGGGAAAACUUAGUUUCAGAGAAAGAAUAUGGCGAUCUACUUACAGGUAAAGAGAUGGUGAAAAAGGUGGAUCAAAUAUGUGAAAGGGUUGAUACAGAGAAAGGAAUCAGAUGUUGUGAAAACAGCAUCGUGUUUCCGUCACUUCCGGUUGCAAUUAAUUGGCUCAGGGAUAAUGUUCGUAAAAACAAGUCGGUCCACUUUCAGGUCCUUGUAACUGGCUCUUUAUACUUUGUGAGUGAUGUUCUGAAACUAGUAAAGAAAUGAGGUUCUAUUCAAGCUUUGGGUUUCUUUGUUUUUCAUUGCAACAAGUAAUAACGAAAGGGAAUAUGCAAAUUCUGAAAGGAAAAAACACACAACACAUACAUGAUGCUGGUUGGUUUUGCAUUUAUUCGAGUAAUUAAUUAUUUAAUUCUAGGUUGCAUUUUUUACAUUAUAGUGAGUUAGUGACAUUCUUAUGCGUGGCUAAAUAAGUUGUCUGGAAUAUUUCGUUAUUAUGUGACCGUUUGGUAAGUGCUUGUUUUAGUCCUAUGUAUACUUAAUUCACGCUUAAUGUGAAAACUUAUCUCCCUUUUAACGAGCC